UGAGCACUCCGAGUCGACAACACCAGGAACCACCCAACGACCGUCACAAUGCCUUCCAACAGACUGACCUACCGCCGCCGGCAAUCAUACAAUACCAAGUCAAACCGCGUCCGUGUGAUCAAGACUCCAGGCGGCGAGCUCAGAUACCUGCACAUCAAGAAGCGCGGUACUGCUCCAAAAUGCGGUGACUGCGGCACCAAGCUCCCAGGUGUCCCAGCCCUCCGCCCACGUGAAUAUGCCACCGUUUCGCACCCAAAGAAGACCGUCUCCCGAUCAUACGGCGGCUCACGCUGCGCCAACUGCGUCAAGGACCGUGUUGUCCGCGCUUUCCUGAUCGAGGAGCAGAAGAUUGUCAAGAAGGUCAUGAAGGAGGCCGAGAAGAAAUCGGCUGGCAAGCGAUAGAUACCUUGAGUCUACUUUGGUACUUCAGUCACGAUGGAUUCUACGGCGCAUAGCAGGCAGGAACGGGUGCAUCAUCACGGAGAGAAUAUGUCGCAAGUACGGAGGCUAUGAAAAAGUACUCUGGAAGGAAUGUUGCGGUAACAUGAGCUGCUGAAUGAAACCUGUUCGGUCGACGACCAAAAUACUUCUUCCACACUUUCGGUGUCGAAGAACUCGACGUGGCAAAGCCGGCAAUCCUCGUACUCCAGCCAUGCCGUGGUGAGCCCGACCAUCACAUGAAUCUCGAAGUGUCUGCUGGGCAUGUUAGGCAUAGGCACGGAGGCCUAGUUGCACUGCCAAGACCAUUCAACAGAAGAGCAUUCAAGGUUACUGACCAAGAGUUAGCACCAUCUGCACCAGAAAUAAAUUCGUUGCACCUG